AUCGCCUGAAUGAUGUUUGGUAUUAUGUGUUUUUCUGAGUAACUCAAUUUCCAGUUUCAUCUUAAUAAACUUUCUCAUUAUAAUGCUGUAUGUUUUUGUCAUGUAAAAAAUCACGUUUUGUGAACUGACUAAAACAGUGCAGUAUAUAUGAAGGAACUCUGACUUUGACAUGGACAUCAAGACAACCAUGGAAAGUCUGAGUUCAGCUGAAACAAUUGGUAGCCAGCAGUUGAUAACGGUACGGACACCCCAUGAGAACCACCAACAACUGAUUCUAGUCAACUUUGGGGCUGAAAAUGAAGGCGGGGAGGGUGCCACCGUUAUCUCCAGUGUGAAGGACAACACCACACAGACCGAGACGGUGUUUGGCCUAGAAGAUCUGCCUGUCGUCAAAGAAAUUGUCCGCAAGACAAUCGCAAAGACGAAGAAACUUGAAGCAGAAGCCGAAGCUCAGAAAGCACCACCCCCUGAUCACGGGAUGUACAGACAAACAAAUAUGAAUGGUAUCUACACUUGUCCACUGUGUGCAAAGGUAUACAGAAACAAGAUGGCCUGGCAGAAUCACCUGGUGUCGCACAAUGGGGCAGAGGUUUUUAUGUGUGGAAUCUGUGCCCAACUGUUCACAUUGUCCAGUACACUCAAGUCUCACCUUGAUGUUCACAUGAGGGAGGAGAAACAAAUGAAACGUCAGAGAGAAAUGAUGUUUGGAUCAGCAAACUUAAAAGUUGGUGGAGUAUAUUUACCGGGAGACAUCGUACCCAGUGAUGACUACAAGUCAGAACGACAAGGUUUAGAUAGCACAGUGGCGAAUCCCGACCUUCUUAAUCAUGUGAGCCACAUCAGCCAUGAUGGAAGUGCGGAAAACAGCGAGGAGACUUAUGUGGCCGCUACGGAGGAAGUGUCUGAAGUGGCUACUGAUAGUUUAGCAGGAGGCAGCAUAAACAUAGGCGGUAAUGGCAUUGGCAGUGCUAUGGAUACCGGGGAAGGCGAUGAGAACAGUCAAGACGCUGCAGAGGACGGAGGAGAUGGAGAGAUGGGGUACAUAUAUGCGUGCAACAUCUGUGGGGAACAGUACAAUGUGAAGGAAGAGUGUGAACGCCACCUGAAGGUGCAUACAGAAGGAGGUGACCCUGAAUCCCCUGCCAAGCCCGAGAGCCCAGGGAAGUCCAGCAGUCAUGAGGAGACAUUAAGUCUGCUUGCAGGACGCAAUUCCCCGACCCUCGUCAGAUCCGACUCGAUGCGGACCAAAUACUCGGGCUACAUCUAUGCUUGUAAUGUGUGCGGAAGACAGUACACAAAUAAGAGCAACUGUAAGCGGCACAUGAUGAUCCAUACAGAAGACCGCAAACUUUACGAGUGUGAGUUUUGCUAUAAACGAUUCUCGCAGAAGUAUGAGGUCCGAAUGCACGCCAGAAUACACACAGGUGAAAAGCCGUACAGCUGCGCAGUGUGUGGUAAGACCUUCACUGAGCGAGGAAACUGGCGACGACACACCAUGAUUCAUGUACGCCCUCAGGAGUCGUCCCCGUACAGGUGUGGAAUCUGCUGUAAGGGGUUCUUCCAUGCGGAAAAACUACAGGUACACCUUCAGAUCCAUUCAGGGCAGCGUCCGUUUGUGUGUACGGUGUGUGGACGGAAGGUGAAGAAGAUCGGAGACAUGUACAGACAUCUGCGAACCCACACGGGGGAAAAACCGUACAAAUGCCAGGUAUGCGGGAAGGGAUUUGCCCAGAAUGGAAAUCUCAAGGACCAUAUGAAAGUUCACACGGGUGAGAAACCACACGCCUGUGAACUCUGUGGGAAGGACUUUGCCAGGAAAAUUCUCCUCAAGGAGCAUAUCAAGAACCACCAUAAAGGUGCCACUCUCCAGGAUUUAACUGAAGCCGCUCUUGAAGAAAUUGAGCGUCAGGAGGCAGCAAUGGAUGGUGCUGACGGGACGUCAACCAUGGACGCCACAGUCGUACACCAAAUAGCUGACAGAGUAAACAUUCCACGAAUCAUCAAGGCAACAACAUCGGGCGGGCGGACCAUCGUUAUCGGGGGUCCUAACGUACCGAGUGGUGACGAGGCCCAACUGCUGCAGGAAGAACAGGAAAUCGAGAUGCAGGAAGUUCAUACUACACUUACAGCCAAAGAAUUGGAAGCAGCAGAGGUUUUAACUGUCGUUCAGGACGGACACAGCACCGUGUAUACAUUUAAUGGUAGUUCAGAGCUCCAGCCUUUGGUUGGUGAUGGCAACCAGAAGCAGAUCUAUGUCACAACUGUUCCGAAAGCUGAGUUUACUGAAGUCCAAAAUAGCUAAUGUGGUUUAGACCGUGAUAGGUUUGAAUGCUGUCCGAAAUAGUAUGUUUUGUUAGUAACAAUCUAUCAAAUGUGUGAUGUUCAUUGCAGGGAUGUAAAUAGGGAAUAAGAGCAGAUAGCACUUCUAGUGAUAAUAUGUCUAUUACCAUUUUCAAUUUUUGGAUGGAGUUGCAUUACCUUGUCAAAUCAUAACUGUAGUUAAGGGACUCAUUCACAUUUUAAAGGGUUUGACAUUGAUUUUGUUUGUUAUAUCCUGUGAAAUGUUAAAACACGCUUAUAAUAAUUAAAACAUUAAAAGUUUGAAAUACAGAUCUUUUGUUAAAGUGAAAAAUCAAUACAUACACAUGUAUAACAAACAUAAUUUUUGAGUGAUAAACCUUAAACUACUUAAUAAAUAAUGCGUUUAUGGAAAAUAUGAAUUACUGAUAAAAGAUUGUAACCAUGUUUUUAAUAGGUGAAAGCGCCAAAAUAUUAAAUGAUUGGUGAAUGCUAAAAAAUUUACUGCGAUCUACUAUCGUCUCAUUAGGUAGAAAUACCGUGUUUUCUGCAUCUUUCUUUCAAAUUUAAGUGGGUAUCUCGAAUAAAAACAACAGUUUUCGACAUUUAUUCAUCCUUUAUGGUAUAUUAAUUGUUUUAUUUUAAUCGUGGUAAGGGUGCAUCUUUAAUAAUUAUUGAACAAUGUGACAAAACGUUCUCUGUGUCACCACUGAAAAAGCGUAUGAUUUUUGGCUUGUAUUUAUUUAAUCAUGUUCAAUUGAUUAUCUGCCAUUUUCUUUCUGGUGUUUGCAAAUUUUCAUGAAUAGGUAAAAUAGUAAUUUAAAUACACAGAUUUUAUGUGUAAUUUUGUAUGUGUGGUUAACAGACACAUAGUUAUUAAAAAUCACUACACUGUCGACUGGUCACGCAGCAAAAAGAGAUACAUAUCCAGUCGCAUGUUCAUGAAAAUCAAGCCUUUAUAGAUAAGUCUAACAGCUUUAAGAAUGUUUAUUCAAACUCAUUGAUAAUAUUCUUUCAGAUUGUUAUAAAAUGUGGAAGAAGAUGUUGGCCUUUAUAUAUAUAUAUGUAAAGAACGGUCAUUGAUAAAUGAAAAGCUUUUCUCAAUGAUUUAUUGUAGAAUCAUUUUACUGAUGAUUUCAAUUUCGAUCUUAGUAAAUUGAAAUUGUCUUCGUAUCAUAGUUUCAUUAUUUUGCUACAUAUUUUGUUUCCAUUGAACUUUAGCCAGUAUUUAAAAUGAACACAAAAGUUAUUUAAAAUGAACACAAAAGUUAUUUAAAAUGAACACAAAAGUUAUUUAAAAUGAACACAAAAGUUACGGAAAUAAAAUCAAUGUGUUGCCUUUUUGUGACAUUUAAUACAGAUUAUUGAAGUUACUACUAAGAUCCUUUAUUGAAACGACCCCCAGGAAGAUUUCUCAAAAUAUAGAAAACUUGUACAUUUGUAGAGGUUUUUGAUUUUUUGUCACAAGUAUUGUAAUGACAUUAAAACUGAUAUUAAUAGUUUGACAUACGUAGUAUUAUUUAUUUUGAGACAGAUUUUGUUAUUGUUGUCACAUGACUGCUUUUCUUUCCAUGAAGCUCAUCAUGAUCAUCAUCAUCACUGGCAUCACCACUACCAUCAUCAUCAUCAUCAUCAUCAUCAUCAUCAUCAUCAUCAUCAUCAUCAUUUUCAUCACCAUCAUCAUCAUCAUCAUCAUUUUCAUCACCAUCAUCAUCAUCAUCAUCAUCAUCAUCAUCAGUUUGGUGAAUGCCAUGGCAAAAGGGUUUUUUUUAUAUUUUAUUUCCAAAGUUAUAUUUAAGUAAAUGUUCAUAUAUAUGUUGAUAUUUAUUAGUAAACAAUUGUGCAUUAUUAUGAAACAAUUUAUAGUUCUCUCUGUAUUGUAAAUAGCUGUUUAUGAAAACAAAACAUUUAUGUUUAAAUCAUACAACUCUGUUGACCAUUUAUUGUUUAGCUGUUAAGAAUGUAUUAUAUUGCACUUGAAAAUAAACAAGUUUU